CAAAGUUCCUCCUGUCAAACCGAGGGGAAGAAUGUCCGAAAGCAACAACAAAGCGGUGACGUUCGUCGCCCCGGCCCCGCCAUCGCCGUCGCUUCAGAACCCCCGCAAGAACGUGAACGGAUCGGCCAGUUCGGACACGCAUGUGGUGGAGAAGCUGGAGGGGCAUCUGGAGGGCCACCCGGGAGUCCAACGGCGGCAGCGGCGGCACACCAUGGAGCGAGACUCCAAAACGGCCGAGCACCGGUUCUUCCGUCGGAGUGUCAUUUGCGACUCCAACGCGACCGCCUUAGACCUGCCCAGUAAGGGGGCCGCCAUCCUCAUGUCGCCGACCUUGUUUUCUCCUCAGCCCUCGAGGCCUGGACCCACAGAGAUAGAUGCCGGGGCGCCUCUCCAGGAACCGUCUCAAGAAGGCGCCACCCCUCAGUCUGCGUUAGCGCUUAGCAGAGGAUCUGGAGAGGGUCCGAUCCAAAAUGUAAACAAGGACAGCGUAGCACAUGCUAGUCCUAACAGUAGCGGUAUCGAACAGAGUACAGAACGGGUUAAAGACCCCAGCUCGACAGCAUCGGAUGUCAAGAACAAAACGGGAGACAAACACGACGACGCCACGCAGGAAGUCGCAAAAGACACAAAGGUCAGCAGUCCUUCCGAGGAGAAGGAGCGGGAAACCGAGCUAGCUAAAGCGCGCGCCGAGCAACGGGAGGCCGAGAAGCGAGUGCAGGAGGAUAUCGAGGAGGCGGAGACCAAAGCGGUCGGGACGUCGCCGGACGGACGCUUCCUGAAAUUCGACAUCGAGAUCGGAAGAGGCUCCUUCAAGACGGUGUACAAGGGACUCGAUACGGAGACGACGGUGGAAGUGGCGUGGUGCGAGCUGCAGGACCGGAAACUGUCCAAAUCCGAACGGCAGCGCUUCAAGGAGGAAGCCGGGAUGCUGAAGGGCCUCCAGCAUCCCAACAUUGUCCGCUUCUACGACUCGUGGGAAGGGCCGUGCAAGGGCAAGAAGUGCAUCGUGCUGGUGACAGAGCUCAUGACUUCGGGCACGCUCAAAACCUACCUUAAGCGCUUCAAGGUGAUGAAGAUCAAGGUUCUGCGUUCGUGGUGCCGGCAAAUUCUCAAAGGCCUCCACUUCCUGCACACCAGAGCGCCGCCCAUCAUUCACCGCGACCUCAAGUGCGACAACAUCUUCAUCACCGGGCCCACUGGCUCGGUCAAAAUCGGCGACCUGGGCUUAGCCACGCUGAAAAGGGCUUCGUUUGCCAAGAGCGUCAUAGGUACUCCAGAGUUUAUGGCGCCGGAGAUGUACGAGGAGAAGUACGACGAAUCUGUGGACGUCUACGCUUUCGGGAUGUGCAUGCUGGAGAUGGCCACCUCGGAGUACCCCUACUCGGAAUGCCAGAACGCCGCCCAGAUUUACAGACGAGUCACUAGCGGAGUGAAGCCAGGUAGUUUUGACAAGGUGGCCAUUCCCGAAGUGAAGGAAAUUAUCGAUGGCUGCAUCAGGACGAACAAAGAUGAGAGAUACGCUAUCAAGAUCCUGUUAAACCACGCGUUCUUCCAAGAGGACACCGGAGUCAGGGUUGAGCUAGCAGAGGAGGAUGACGGGGAAAUGAUCGCCAUCAAACUCUGGCUUAGGAUAGAAGAUGUCAAGAAGCUCAAAGGAAAAUACAAAGACAACGAAGCCAUCGAGUUCUCUUUCGAUCUCAACAAGGACGUUCCCGAAGAUGUGGCUCAGGAAAUGGUCGAGUCUGGCUAUGUGGCCGAGGGCGACCACAAGACCAUGGCCAAAGCUAUCAAGGACCGCGUCUCGCUGAUCCGGAGGAAGCGAGAGCAGAGGCAGCUGGUGCGGGAAGAGCAAGCGAGGAGGAAACUUGAGGCGGAACAACAGCAAGAGGCACUCAAAGUAUCACACACACAGGCGGAGGUUGAGGAGACCGAGGCGGAGCAACCGCAUCACUAUCAGCAGCUGGGAAUCUUGCACGCAACCGAAGGAGCCGCCGACAGCGGUCAGGGUUCCUCAAUUUUCUGCAGCGACUGCCCCCAGCUGGGUCAGCUGACCAUGUCCUAUAGCGGCCCGCCGGCAAGUCGGCCUCAGUCCCAGAGUCCCUACUCCACCGCACCUGGAGGUGGCGCCGCUCAACAGCAGCACCCAGCUUACGCUCAGCCAGCGCAACCAGUGCAGCAUUCAAUGGCGCACCCCUACAGUGGCGGCGCGAGCGCAGGAGGAGGAACAGGGGGGAGCGCCGCUCUCCCGACACUGCCAGACCCACCGACUAUUUUCUUCCCUUCCAUCCCCGAACGCCCCGUUUCCUUCUCGCCUCCUCCCACCGGCCCCCCCAAGGCCUAUAACACGCAGAGACGCAAGAGUACGUCGAUCCUCGAGGCUCACACCCGCCACUUUCAGCCGGCGUACCCUCGAUACGGGAGCAGCCUGCACCCCUUCGCCGGUAUGGAGGGUGUGGACCCGCCCCCGCCCUCUCUCUACAUGGUCAAUCCCAGUUUCGCCACAACCGCUCAGAGACUCGGAGUCGGGGAGCAUUUGCAUCUGGCGGGGCACUCGGAACCGACGUUCUACGGCUACAAGGACAUGAGGGCGGAACACGAGGAAGUGGUGAGGAGGCUGAGUUUGAACCAAGCGGCCUUACUGGACCAUUACGAAGCCAUGGCGUACGGCGGCUACCCGAUGACCGCGCACCAGCUCGGCCUUUUGAGUUUCCACCAGCAGAGGCAAGCGGCUGCCGCAGCUGCCGGGUUAGCUUAUGAUUCCGGUCCUCAGCCGGGCUUCUUGCAUCCUCACAUCAUGCAAAGACUAAGCGCGCACAGUCCGGUACCUCCGCCGGGGCCUUCCAUGAGUCAAUCCGCCGGUUGCCCUGUUUCCUGUUCAUCCACCGACACGCAGCACCACGCGUCAUCUUCCGCCUACCCGAUGUCGGCUCCGCCAAUCAUGCCCGAUGCGGCGGCAUCUACGGGUAGUGUCUUCGACUACCAUUUAGCCGCCGCGGCUGCCGCCGCCGCCAGUGACCCAAGUCUCCUGGCGUCAAGACUGUACCGAGCCCGGAGAAGCUCCAUGGAUCUCCCGCUGGAGGAAAACACCCCAACAGGGUCCGGCGGCUCGGGUUCGUACCUCCGACUCCAGCCGGUAACGGAGGAGAUGUGUUCCUACGUCAGUCCAGAGCUUCCUUUACCACCCGGAAGUCUCUUCCUCCAUCACGCGGGCCUAAGCGUAAAAGACCGAAGCCCAGAACCUUCCAGUGACUCCCUCCCAUCCUCCGAUGCCGGAGAAUUCCAAUCGCCUCCUCCUUCGUCCUGCCAUUUCGAUUCCUCGGCCGCUCGAUCCAUCCCGCACCCGUCUUCGGCUGUAUUCUGCGAUUCCACAGAAACCCAAGCGCAUCCGCCGUCCAUGCAGAGUUUUCUCCCUCCCACCCCGGCUUCCGACCUCGGCGCAUCAGCGGCCCAGCCGGAGUCACUCAUUCCAAGUGCGUGGGCCCGCCACGGAGGGGUGGUCCCCUCCCAGCCCGACAUGACGUACCAUGAGUCAUUGCUGGCCUUGCAGGCCAAUAACCCCGCACUGGUUUCGAGCGCCCAGCCCACCCCGGGAUCCCCGCUGUUAGCCCCGGCGGCUUCCCAGCCCGGGACCACCCAGCAGGUGGGUGUUUCUAUCCAGUCAUCGGUGACAUCAUCAGCCCAGAGCCCCGCCCAUAUUUCCUUGCUGCAGGCGCAGCCCGGUGCGAGUGCCCCCGCAACCACGUCGAGCCGCGGUCCUUCGCCGCCCCCUCCCGUCAUCGUGCCGACAGCGGCCGUGGCCUCCCCUCCCUGCCCGCUGCCGCUUCCUGUCCCCUCUCUCCCUGCGCCCCCGUCCCAGUUGUUGGCCACCACGGUGCCAAUCAUCAGUGUAGUCCCCGCCCCUGCCACAGAAGCCCCUCCCCAGUCUGUGUCCCAACCUUCGGACCUUUCCCACUUCCAGCUGCUGGCGCCCUUAACCCAAGCAUCCAUAGAGAGUGGCUACUCUGAGGCUUCGGGCCUCAGCGACGGCAACGAGGGAGGAGGCGGUGGUCGUCACGAAGGCCGCUCCACCAAACGACACCAGAGACGUUCCGUGAGAAGCCGGUCGCGGCACGAGAAGUUCUCCAAGGCCAAACUCAACGUUCUAAAUAUAUCCAACCGUGGCGACAGAGUAGCGGAAUGCCAGCUGGAGACUCACAACAGGAAGAUGGUCACCUUCAGGUUCGACCUGGACGGAGACAACCCGGAGGAGAUCGCCCAGAUCAUGGUCCAGAGUGAGUUCAUCCUGGAGAGCGAGAGGGAGUCAUUCAUCGAGCAGGUCCAGGAGGUAAUCGAGAACGCCGAUAAAAAAGGACUGGAGAGGGACACAAGCGGGCAGAUGAGCGGUGACACGGCCCAGCAGAAUCUGACGAUAUCAAUCCCCAUGCCAGACACGUCACCCAGCGCAACAGGACAAGUGGUCCACUCAGCCGGGCGCAAAUUCAUCGUCAGCCCCGUACCUGAGGCCAGAAUCAAGGAACUGAGCUUUCCGACCUCUCCCUUACCUUCCCGUGCAGCUUCUGUUGAAUUAGGUUCAACUCAAGGUUUGGAGUUGUCAAAAUCGGCGGGAGCUGUCAGCUUACAGCAAGCCUUCUCGGAGUUACGACAGAACAAAAAUCAGUUGGAUCCAGGACCAAGCACCGCCCCCGCCUCCAUCCACUCCGCCCACCCUCCAGUGUCCACUCCGGCGGGCGAGGCUUCAGAUGGCGUUGCCGCUCCGACUUCAAACCAGGAGCCCUCCGAUGCGUCUCCCAUUUCUUCUUCUGCUGUGGCGAAUCACUCCCAGGCGUCCAUUUCCGCUUCGGUCUCGGCCACUUUACCCCUCACCGGUGUCUCCAACAUCCUCUCGACAAUGCUCGCAUCCCCUCCCCCCUCCGUGGUGACCUCGCCCUCCUCCAGCCUUCCGGCCAGCGAAGCCCUCCUCGACCAUCGCUCGCUCUCCCCCACCUCGUUGGCUUCAUCCAGCUCUUCCUGCGCCGUCCCCGCGCCGCCGUCGUCCUCCUCCUCCAACGUUUCUUCAGUGCAACCCACCAUGGUGCACUCGCAGCCACAAAUAACCGCCCAGCCCGGGCAGACGCACACUCACUGUGGGGAAUGCGACUCAAGGUGUGACGCCUCCAUGGAGUGCCAAAGCAAGCCAGACGACAUUCAAGCUCUAGAAAAGAAGCUGCGCUCGCUCUUCAUGGAUCUCGGCGGAGGGGCGGUUUCCCCUCAGGGGGACUCGCCGCAGGCCGACGCCAACUCAGCGGGCGGGACCUCCUCCCCGUUGGGCACUCCCGCCACUUCUAUCGGCUCCGGCCAGACGGCCAAUACUCCUCAGCCCCCCACCACCCUGGCGCUGGGCUCGCCCACCCCCGUUCAGGGGCCCAGCACACCUAGCUCCAAUCCUGCACCUGCACCUCCAGCAAACGCUGCCGCCACCUUUGGCCAGACCACUCCAUCCAAAACACCCUUGUCUAGGGUACCGACCAGUUCUCCUUCUUCAGAACUCCCGCCGUUCCUCCCUGGACCAUAUCUCACUCAGUCCCAGCAACCUCUGGAGGAUCUGGAUGCUCAGCUGAGACGAGCCCUUAGCCCCGAAAAUGUUCCUAUUAGCACACCCACUCAGGCUUCCCAGGUUGCUCCUCUGGUGGGACAACCAACUUCUUUAUCUCCAGAGGAAGACACCUCCGCUGCUGCUCCUCAAAGUGGAAUCAAACUCGGGAGAUUUCAGGUGUCGCUGUCCACUGAAGAGCCUCCAAAGCAGUGCCCAACCUGCACGGAAUCCUCCUCCACCACUUCUUCUUCAUCCUCCUCCAGCACUCCCUCGUCAUCGUCCUCUUCCAGUCUCUCCAGCCCGGAGAACACGCUGCACAAGGGCUCCUCGCUCAAAGUGAGAGGAGCAUCAGGAGAUGUGGUAGAUGGACUUCCCAGAAAAAUGAUAGGCGAGUCCCAACGCCCUUCCCCUCUGGCCUCCCCGUGCCUCUCGCCUCCCACAACCAUCGGACGCUUCCAGGUCACCACCAAUUCUGAGGCUAAAGUAGGCAGAUUCGCCAUCAGUCGAGCCCAAGAGCAGAGCACCGAGCCCGGGCCGAGUCCGCCCCCCGCUGCCCAGGCGGCGGCGGCGGCGAACGGACCAGCCAAGCCCAACCGCCUCCCGAGUCCAGACACUGCCCGCAAAGUUUCCAUAGCAAGUCUGAACAGUGGCAACUCCUUCAACAACUCCUACAUGAGUAGCGACAACGACUCGGAAGACGAGGACGAGGACUUUAAGAAGGAAAUCAAUCGUCUCCGAGAAAAACACUUGAGCGAGAUUCAGGCCCUCCACUCGCGACAGAAGGAAGAAAUUGACGGUUUGUUCACCAGGCUUGGAAAAGUUCCUCCACCCACCGUUCUUCCUCCGGUCAUCGCCUUGGCCGGUAGGCGGAGGCGACCCACCAAGAGCAAAUCCACAAAAUCGUCCAGAACCAGUUCCUCGCACGGCAGCAAAAGUCCACUUCAGCCAGGCAGCACUCUGGCGGACCAGAGCGUCCCGGCGUCAUGCCCCGCCCAACUAGCUCAGUUAGCGGCGGGAGGUUUAGCGGAGCCCGGCGGCGGCGGCGACUUUAGCAGCGAGCGGCAACUCAAAGCGGCUCCCUCCAGCGACAUCCUGAGUUCGGCCUACACCAGCUCGGCGGCGCCCUCGAUGCCCAGUUUGUGCGCUGCCACCCCAGGCUGCGUAAAGUUCAACUGGGGUUCCGAGCGUUUGGCCUUGAAGCCUGGCGGCAGGAGGACGCGCUUUCUGAGUACGCCCUGCUUGGCUCUUUGGAAGAUGGUGAAAAAAGUCUGCCCCUGCAACCAGCUUUGCAGGACCAAUAGCACCAAUGCAGUGAGUGGUUCCGGCCCCCUGUCUCAAAGCCAGGGGGGCUCCCAGUGUCUCAACAUGUCAGCCCCUCACCAGCGCAAAGGGACGUUCACUGAUGAUCUUCAUAAAUUGGUGGACAAUUGGGCCAGAGACCUCUCACAGGGGAAGAAGAGCAGCAAACAGCUGCAGCAGGCACCAGCACAAGGACACAGCUACGAGGUGAUCCAGUCCGCUAAUUUAGGCAGGAAGCUUUCCGCCCCGAGCCACCUGUGCCCGAGCAGCACCGCCACUUCCGCCCACCUCCCCUCCAACCCGACUACCUCUCCGGCCUCCCGCAAGGGCUCGCUGUGCCAGCCCCCUACCUCCCCGACGCCGCCCCACCCUCACCCGCCACCGCACUUCAUCCCGUACAUGCCCGCCCCGGCCUACGCCGCGCAGUGGUCCGGGCCCGCCCACGGCGGACCCCGGCUGGUCAGCGCCUCUCAGCCGCUCGGCCCUUACGCCGCGUCGACUGGCGGCCAGGUCAGUCAGGGUCCCAUGCACACGUUCAUGCACAAGUCGGUCAGCAACCCGGGAGGGCCCAACAUGAGGACCACGUAGUGGUUAGUAGAGGGCUCGUCAGAACGGCGACCAGACCGGACUCCACGAUUGAAAACGAGGAAGUUUGCCAAAGAGGUUUGAGCGGGUGCACUUGGGUGAAAUUUGAGAGAGCACAACAACACUGAAGAGCGCCUCCAUUUUGCUCCCUAGUCUUUGCUUGUAGCUGGUCUAGCUAACAUGCUAACAUGUGCAAUGUGUGUAUAAAGUGGAGGAGGCCGUCUUAGCAUUCACAAGGAUGCAAAUAGGAACACAGUUGGUAGCCCCACCCCCCUCUCGAAUCAAAGCAAUAAAACGAGAAACGUUGGAAACGAGAAACGUUGGCUGACAAAAAAAAGUGACCUUCAGAACAACAUUUGUAUAGUAUUUUUUUUUGUUGUCAAGAUUCCAUUCGGGUUGAUUUUGUGUUGCGUGGCUACGCCUCGCCGUUGGCUUUUUUCGAGAUGAUUAUUUCUCCUCUUGAAUGUCGUUGUUAAUAGUUAUUGUUCUAUUUAAAAAAAAGUGCAAAUAUGCCUCUGUUGGGCGGACCUGUUCUACGCACACAUUUUCGUGUGAUGUGUAAAAACAACACUGUGAUUGUUAUUGUUUGUUAGGAGUCAGAACAAAUUGGGGAAGUGUCCAUUUUUCUCAACUUAAAAAAAAAAAAGCCUUAACCGACAACAAUUCAGCCGCCAUUUUGACCUGCAAAUGUUUUCAAAUAUGGAUAGCUACAUUUUUUGGUUUCUUCCACAGUACUUAUAUACGACACUUUAAACUCUCUCCAAUUGCCCUGUUAGAUGAAUGUGAAUGUACAAAAGAAACCGAAUUUGUUUUCCAGUGCCUUGCUUGCCCCCUCCCCGCUCCAAACACUGGAGAGCUUCACAAGAACCACGUGAGAGUGCCGCCAUUUGUCCGAGUUUAGGAAGGACGUCACGCCACUUGAGUAGAUGUUGCCUUUAAUUCAAAAUCACCGAAUGACAACAUUUCGACAACCAGGCAGUCAGUAAUACAAAACGUGAUGCCCUGUUUUUUAGUUAACCCCUUAAUUUUUGGGCAAGGGCAACCUACAGUGGUUAUAAAAAGUCUACACACCCCUGUUCUAAUGCUAGAAUUUUUGUGGUAUUAAAAAGAUAUACCAAGAUCAAGUAAACAUUUAAAAAUAUUUUUUGUUAUUAAUGUGUAAGACUCAAUUUAGAAAUAAGAAAUGAAAAAAAUGUAGUUGCACAAGUGUGCACACCCUCAUGCAACAGGGACGUGGCUGUGUUAAGAAUCAAACUCACCUGCCUUUGUUAACCAAAAAUAAGUUGCAUCUUUUUAGUUGCCUGGUCUUGAUUUUUUUAUUGUUACAAACUUUUUAGACUUUUGAACUAUUCAUUUUUCCUUACACAGCCACAUCUCUCUUUUAAGAGGGUGUGCACAAUUUUGCAACCACAUUUGUCCACUUCCUCUCUCAUACAGGAUUUUGUGAUUUAUCUUGAUUCAUCAUUUUAUCCAACAAAAAUCAGACAUUCCAAAAAGGGUGUGUAGACUUUUUGCACGCACUGUCGCCCCCCGAAGACCAUUUUCAUCCUACUUUUAACCCCCCCCCCCCCCCCCCAAGCUGAAUCUGCAGUGUUGAAUAGCAACAGGUUGACUUUACUGUGAAGUUGUACUGGAUGACUUUUACUGUGAAAGGCUGGUUCGUAUUGUGAAUGUUCCUGCAUUUAAGUGGGGUGAAUCGGUUUUCAUCAGAGGUGUAGCAUUAGCUUUUAGCUCGUAUUUAGAUGGCAGAUUCUAUUGCUGUGCCAUUGCAGGACUCACUUUUUUUGCCGUAGAAGUGAUCAAUUCCUUUUCUCCAGCUGUUUCUGUUUAGUUUCGAGCACAGAAUUAUUAUAUUCCCAAUGUCUGAUGUUGACUUAAAACAAACAAAAACAAAAAACAAUCCUCACUUGUUUUAUCUGCUGUUUUAUUGUGUGUAGCAGCACUUAACUCAGUGGUUUCUUUUCUCUCUAUUUGACGGGGGGAAAAAAAGGUUGGAUGUGAAAAUUUAACACACGGGGAGUCAUCAGCAGCCUUUAACGGUAUGUUUUGCACUAAAUAGAGAGUGUUCAAGCUUCAUAUUAAAACAAAUACAAUGACAUUUGUUACUUUAUUUGUAAAGACUUAAUAAAUAAAAGUUGUUGAAAUGCCA